AUGGAUAGCGAAGACUUUCAGAAAUUAAUUGACGAGAAAGUAAGGAAAGAAGGGGAAGAACAAGAAGGAGAAGAAACAAAUGGAGGAGAACGGAUAUCAGGUGAAGAAAUAGAAGGAAACGGAGGAAGUGGAGAAGGAAAAGGAGAGGACGUUCAGGAAGAAGAAUGUCAGCUGGAGGAAGGUGGUACAAGCAAAAUGGAUCCGGCUCAAAGCACGAGUAACUCACAAACCAUACCAACAGCGACCCGACAAUCCAAGAGGAAAGUUGGCCCACCGAAACCUUACCCACCAGCCCAAGCAGCAGCACUGAAGGCCAUUGGUCCGAUUCGAAUCAAGAAAGCAAGGGGUAGACCAUCAGCAGCCAGGACGACCGAAACAGUUGAUCCUAGCGAGCCAAAUCCAAAUAUUGGUAAACCGGCGCAGAACCCACCACUCAUAGGAAUGGCAGCUCUGAUCGAAAUGGCCAACACGAGUGGGACGACUACGAACCAACCCCCUGCACCACCUCUAGCACGUCAACAACCUCAACCCCACCCCCCACAACAAGCGCAAGUCGAACACCACAUCCAAGCGCCAAACGAUAACCACGGAGCUAGAGGAGAAGACGACGACGAGAGGAAUCUUGGGAGCCAAUGGCAGAAUCAGAUGGAAGUGUGGAACGACACGCGACUCCAAGAGAAUCCAAAUGCAGUCAGAGGAGUUGGGGGGAUUGUGCUGGGGGAAAGAGAAGAAGAACACCCCCCCCAAAAAUACCUGGAAGAUGAUACCAGGAAAGACUUCUUCCGUAAGGAAAUGCCUCGAAAGAGAUGGAAAUGA